AUGGCAUCGCAUGGAACCUACCUAGGAGAUUUCAAUGGCCAUGAUGUCAAUCAGCUUGAGCAGAAUCCGAAAGCCAUGCCACCAGCACUCUUGUAUAGACAUCAAACCAUAUGGAGGAAGGUCUUCGCUCUACAGCUCCGAGCAUCCGAGAAAUUCGACCAAUCGUGGCUCCAAGGGGCACACUUCGCCUGGCCCCUGUCGCUCCCUGCAUACCAUCCCAAGAAACCCAAUCGCAUCCACUCCACAGUCGGGAUGAUCGCUCGUGAGGAAUACCAUCCGGCGCGCCACUUUGAUUAG